UUUUAAAUCGGAACAGCCAGAAACAGCGCAGGGCAAAAGCGACCCUCUAACCACGGUAGACAGUAACAGUCCUGUCCAACGAGAGUACGGCGUCACAAAAGGGAAAAUAUUUAGCUUAAUUGCAUUUUAAUUCAAAUAUAAUUUCAGAGCUAAGGAUCUUAAUCGAUACUACCCGGGUAUUGCGUGGGUUCCAGAAGGCGAGUUUACCACUAAGAGCGAAACAAUCCCCCCGAAAAAGACUAGAACUUCGCCGAAGUUUCUCAAUAUUCAUCAUGGAGGAAAAGAAGGAGGAGAGCGAAGCGGAAAUCCACGAGCACGGACCCGAAUUUUGGUUCUCCAAGUGGGAGCGCCAGUGCCUGGCAGUGGCCGAACAAGAAAAACCGAACGAGGAAGAGAUGGAUCAAAACCAGGAAAAACUCUGGCAUCUCUUUCAGAAUUCAGCUACGGCAGUAGCGCAACUUUAUAAAGAUCGAGUAUGCCACCAGCAAGGGCUCUCAUUGUGGUCUCCAUUUCAGAAUGCUGCAACAGCAGUGACAAAUCUUUACAAAGAGAGUGUUGAUGCACACAUGAGGAGCUAUGAUUUAGGAAUUCAGAUCGGUCAUCAGCGACGUAAUAAAGAUGUUUUGGCUUGGGUCACAAAGCGAAGGAGAAAUAUACGAAGAGAAGAUUUGAUAAGUUUCCUAUGUGGCAAAGCGCCACCACCAAGGACUUCUAGAGCUGCCCCAAAACUGACUGUCGUGUCUCCUAAUCGACCACCUUCAUCGGACACUGUGUCUUCUGUAGAGACUGAUUUACAGCCUUUUUGUGAGGCCAUAGCACUACAUGGGCUAAGUGGAGCAAUGGCAGGCAUCAGCGUCCGCCCCAGCACUCCUGGCUCACCUACGCACGUAAGCGGCAGCUCAGGUGGGGGUCGCAGGCGGAAUGGACUGCAUGAUGUGGACUUGAAUACUUUCAUAUCGGAGGAGAUGGCCGUUCACCUUGGAAGUGCAGGCAAUAGAAAGCGGACCUCAGCUCAGUGUGCUGAUGUCAUCACAGACUCCCCCACCCAUAAACGUAACCGAAUGAUCUGAGCUUACUUAUUGCUCUGUAUGCUCUGUGCUGCUUGAAAUAAAAGCCACUUAAUCCUCAACAUUUGCAUUACCCUGAAAAGGAAGGAAGGGCCAUUCAUUCGUAUAUUCAGUACAGUAUGCCAUAUUGUGGAAAUUAAUUCACACCCCUUCAUCUUCAUUAACUUGUUUCUUUUACGUUCACCAUAAAGUGAAAUCUGUCAGUCAAGUGAUUACAUUAUUGUAUGAGUAGUACAAUGUCGUUGUUACUCAGUUUAUUGGAAACCUUAACUUCUAGAUUACAACAGGAUACUUUUAGCUCACAAUAUCAACUAGUUGCGCUUCAGUAGUACUGCUAAGCUAAUAACCGAAUGUUUGCUUUCAGAUAAUGGAUUCAGCAUCAGCUCAUUUCCCAUCAAUAUAUUACUUCUUUUCCUUUGCGCUCGUUUAUUGGCAGUUUUGUUGUGAUCAUUUCAGAAAUGUGCAAAGUUAUUAGUCUUACUUGAAACUGCUGCUGAGUUAAUGUUUGUUAGAACUUGAACAUGGUUGCAAUAAUGCAUGGUUUGCACUUAUACAUUCAGUUAGACUUAUUUUAUUUUUCUAUACCGCCAAGACAUCAAAGAAGAGGAAACGGUGUGACUGAGGCUUAUGAUACAAUGGUGCAAUUGUUGAUCUUUUACAUUUCAUUGUUGGGGCUUGGUUUAGGGGUUGGGCGAGACUUUGUACUGAGGAAAUGGUGUUUUGGAGAACUGUUUCUUGUGAGAGGUACUUGAGUUAAGAAAACUGUGUCGUCGUGAAAUUAAAGUGUCCUUUAAGUGCUUUUCGAAUCCAGGCCAGAGGAUUUGGGGAGCUGCACAUGUACAGUCCAGCUCUGUACAUAGAAGUCAAGCUGUUCUCUAACCACCAUAAAACGUAUGAAAACUUAUGUCAACAUGAGCUCUCUUGGUAAUUACAAGGUGUUUUCCUGUGCAGGGUUGAAGCUGAGAAUACUGACCACUUUUAAUCUAAUAUUAUUUUUCAAUGCUUAUUUCUGAUAUAGGAUGCAUUAGAUAUAAUUACCUACUAGUUACAUUCUUGUGGUACACAUGUAGACUAGUUCAUGUUUGCCAUCUUAGUGGAGACCCAAUCUAAUUUUGGUGGUGGGAAUCACAUGAUGUGGAGUGUCUUGCUAAAAAAAAUAAGUUUUGUGAAGGCAUAUCUGGCCUUUAUGCAGACAUAUUUAGUUUUUUUUUGUAUUUUUAUCAAAGUGAAGGCAGCGUGGCCAAUGGCUGUCUGGUGAUUUAUUUCAUAAUUUCACAACAUUUGUCUGAAUAUGAACAUUGAUGGCUUUGGAAAUCAUUUAUCAUUUAUAACAUAAUGUAAUUUUGUUAAAGGUCAGGAGGUAAAGCUAACAUUUUGCAUAGAGUAAUUGUAAAGUAAAGGAAAAUACUUGGAAUGUAACAGCUGAGAUUAUCUAGAACAUAUUAUUAAAACUACAGUUGCCAUUUUUUGGUUAAAAUGUGCUAAGUUAUUAAACAGUUAUGUUUGUAUAUUCAACAUCAGUGUAUGUUUUGUUCACAGUAUUUUUAACAGAAACAUUAUUUGUAACAAAUCAGAGACUUACAGAUGCAACAUACUUCCAUGCAUUAAAGGAAUGAUUCUUUGUAGUUCAAAAAUUAAAUGGUUUUAUUUCUC